UGGAUAAUGACUUACAAGCGUCACUGACCUUGAUGUUUUUCCUAGCAGAUGGGCUUUUGUGAUGCCGGUGUGGUGAACUGAAGCUGAUGACUUGACGAAGGACUUGGAAGUUUGUCGGCUUUUCUGCACAUUCAUUCGUCCGGCCAAGAUCCAAACCCAGGGUGAGAGAAUCAGCCGGACAGCAGAGACUUUAAGUUUGAACAGGCUGUGAGGACCAAGUGAUUUUCUGACCCCACUGGUCCGUAGUGUUCCCAUAAUGGGGAAAACUGGGCAGAGUACGGUGGACUUAAACUCCCCAACAGAGGUCAAACAAGCAAUUCCCUUUGAGGAACUGGAUGGUGUGGCACCACCUGCAGACGAAAAGAAGACAAAAGAGGAGCCACCUGACAGGGGAAGCUGGAAGGGCAAGUUUGAUUUCCUGCUGUCAUGCGUGGGAUACGCCAUUGGUUUAGGAAAUGUCUGGAGAUUCCCUUAUCUGUGUGGCAAGAAUGGAGGAGGAGCCUUCCUGAUCCCGUACUUUAUGACGCUGGUGUUUGCUGGGAUACCUCUCUUCCUCCUGGAGACGUCUCUGGGACAGUUCACCUCGGUGGGAGGGCUGGGUGUAUGGAAACUCAUGCCUAUGAUGAAAGGUGUUGGUCUGGCUGCAGUGGUGCUGUCCUUCUGGCUCAACAUCUACUACAUUAUCAUCAUUGCCUGGGCGCUCUACUACUUAUUCAACUCCUUUGGUUCGGAGCUGCCUUGGCAAAGCUGUGAUAACCCCUGGAACACGGAGAAAUGUUUUUCAAACUACAGUCUGACAGACACCACCAAUUUGACCAGCGCUGUCACUGAGUUCUGGGAGCGUAACAUGCACCAGCUGUCUGGUGGUCUAGAGGAGCCAGGAGAGCUACGCUGGCCCUUAGUGGGCACUCUGGCGCUGGCGUGGGUCCUUGUCUACUUCUCAAUCUGGAAAGGAGUCGAGUGGACGGGGAAGGUGGUGUAUUUCUCCGCCACUUAUCCUUACUUCAUGCUGUUCAUCCUGUUCUUUCGAGGGGUCACUCUGCCCGGAGCCAUUGAUGGGAUCCGCUUCUACAUCACUCCAGACUUCAAAAAACUCAUCCGAUCUGAGGUGUGGCUGGAUGCAGCAACCCAAAUCUUCUUUUCCUACGGCCUGGGCCUGGGCUCGCUCAUCGCACUGGGAAGCUACAACUCUUACAACAACGACGUCUACAAGGACUCCAUCAUAGUGUGCUGCAUCAACUCCUGCACGAGCAUGUUUGCUGGUUUCGUCAUCUUCUCCAUCGUAGGCUUCAUGUCAUACAUCACUAAGAAACCUGUGCAGGAAUUAGCAGCAUCAGGGCCAGGUCUGGCUUUUUUGGCUUACCCUCAGGCUGUCACCCAGCUGCCCAUGUCCUCUCUAUGGGCCAUCCUCUUCUUCUCCAUGCUCAUGAUGCUGGGCCUGGACAGCCAGUUCUGCACAGUAGAAGGCUUCAUCACAGCUCUGAUGGAUGAAUACCCCCUGGUGCUGAGGAAGAGGAAAAAGGUCUUCAUCCUCAUCGUCUGCUUCAUCUCCUUCAUCAUCGGCUUCUCCAACAUCACACAGGGAGGUCUGUACGUGUUCAAGCUCUUUGAUUACUACUCCGCCAGUGGGAUGUGUCUUCUCUUCCUGGUCUUCUUCGAAACCAUCUCCAUAGCCUGGUUUUAUGGAGCUGAAAGGUUUUAUAAGAACAUCGAGGACAUGAUCGGCUAUCGGCCAUGUGGCUGGUGGAAGCUCUGCUGGAUGUUUUUCACGCCGAUGAUCUGCCUGGGGGUGUUUACCUUCAGUGCCAUCGAGAUGACCCCUCUGACCUUGGGGAAGUAUGUCUACCCAAUGUGGGGCCAAGUGAUUGGCUGGCUCAUGGCUUUGUCCUCUAUGGUACUGAUCCCAGGCUACGUCAUCUUCAUGUUCUGCACCACCAAGGGCAGCAUCAAACAGCGUUGGCGGAGGAUGACAACUGCCCAGGAGGAUGAAAAGCCAUCGGGGCAUGAAGAAUUUACACACACAGGGAGCGUGGGCGAAGCUCCGGUCUAGCCAGGAUUGUUCAGGUCGAAAUAAUCUGAUUGCCAUUUCCCCUGUCUGCCAGGAUUUACUGUGGUUGACAUUGAAAUUUGACAAUUGAGCAGAUGGGAGUCUUGUACAGUGUUUUACGAUGACGUUUUCCUCCAUCUUACAUUGUGCCAAAAAAAAAUUUGGCGACUAAAGGAGGAGGAUGAGGAGGCAUUUUUGAUAAAUUUAGAUAGAGUACAUCCUUUUGUAGUAAAACCUCUAACCACAAAUUUUAUUCUAUAGAUUAGCACUGAAUCUGUGUACAUAUACCACUGUGAAUGUAAAUCUUCCCCCCUACUUGUAAAUUUUCUUUACCUCUCAACAAAAUCACUGUGAUUGUGAAUGUGAUGAAAGCUGUACAGGCUAUUUAACAUUGACUGUUUCUCAGUUAACACCGCUUUGAGAUACUUCAAGUUAUAAAUGAUGUUGCAUAAUCUCAAGUAUUAGCCUUCAUGGUGGUUUGUUUAAUUCAACGAUUAAAAAAAUGUAAAUAUAAUUGUGUCACUAUAGUAAGUAUAUUAUAUGUUUUUUUUAAUUAAAUGAAAUGAGCAUUUUUCAUACAGUGGAUGAUGAGAAAGUGUAAAAGUUAUGUCAGUU